AUGGGGACGGAGAGCUAUACCCAGCUGGAGACCAGUGAUGGGGCUGGGACGUUGGCUAGCAUCGCCAGCCUGGAGGGGCCAGAAGGAGCAAGUGCCACCGCCGGGUGGUACGUUCCUUAUCCACUGAGCUUCCAAGUAUCACUUACCAGUUUUCUCUUAUUGGAGCUGGUUUUAGGAUUUAGUAGUAACUUGACAGUGCUGGUGCUUUACUGCUCCCAGUCCAACCUGGUUGAUUCAGUUAGCAAUAUGGUAACGGUCAACCUACAUGUCUUGGACAUAGUAGUAUGUGUGCUAUGUCUGCCAUUAACCGUUGUUGUGGUGCUGCUGCCAACAAGUCGUAACCUGGAACUCAUCUGCUGCUUCCAUGAAGCCUGUGUUACAUUUGCCAGCAUAUCAACAGCUAUUAAUGUGCUAGUCAUCAGCCUGGACCGCUAUGACAUUUCAGUGCGACCUGCUAAUAGGUUCCUUACUCCUCGAUGGGCAGCGCUUCUGUUGGCUGCUGUUUGGGCAGUGUCUCUUGCUGUCUUUUUUAUUCCUUUUAUUGAGGUGGACUUUUUCUCUUCAGAGCCAGAAGAUGAGUUAGCCAGCAGCUCAUCUAUACCAGCUUGGCAUAACAGGACACUAUUAUGUAUGGGGGCACAAGGCUAUUCCACAGGUCUUGGAAUGUACUACCACAUCUUGCUGCAGGUGCCUAUAUUUUUUGUCACUUUGGUUGUCAUGCUCUUUACCUACUCAAGAAUUCUCAGAGCACUAAAUAUUCGUAUCGGUUCGCAUAUGAGACGUGGUCAGCACCGUGGUGGAGCUUCCUGUAGAGGACAGCGCAAAAGAAGAAAGAAAAAAGCAAACUCAGCGGAUAUCGAAGGAGGAGAACAAACCGCAAACCAGACGAAACAAUUAUCGCAUCCUCCACUCAUCACGUCUCCAAUUCCUACUCCUACAGCCACCUCGCCUCCACCUCUGUCCUCCACCCCAUUGGUGAGUGCCAGCACUGCUACAGCACCUGCUCCGGCUGUUGGUGUACAGGCCUCUGUUUCAGCCAUCAUUGCUCUUCGUAGAGCUGUAAGACGACAUAGAGAUAGACGUGAGCGUCAGCGGCGGGUUUUCCGGAUGUCCCUCAUCAUCAUCUGCAGCUUCCUAGGCUGCUGGGCACCUUUAUCUAUUGCAAACAUUCUGAUCCUCACUCUUGGUCCCAGCAUCGGUCUUGUUCGAGUGCGACUUUGGUUCCUAGCCUUGGCAUAUGGCACCACCAUAUCACAUCCACUGCUGUAUGCCUUUACAAGGCAGAAGCUCCGCCGGGCACUCAGGGCCAAAGUAAAGAAGCGGGUGGUGUCCUUGUUGCAAGUGGAUCCUUCGCCAGGUGGAACCGUCAUCCAUAACUCCUGGGUGGAGCCGAGGCAAGGGCGCAAGGUUCGUUUAGAAGGCAGUGAUGCCACCGAUCGUUGUCUGACAGAACCACUAUGA